CGAGGCGAGAGGAGAGCCGCGGCAGCGUUUUCCACUGUAACAUUACUGUAUGAGAGACCGACAAACAACGCCUCCUGCACGACGUACAGAGAUUAUUUGGACUUAUUUGCAAUCAUAGUUGGUUAAUUAGUUUUAUUUGGCGGGGUGCUUCAGCUCGUCACCAUGACAGCCCUGUCGCUGCUUUUGAUGGCCGUGUCGGCCGCAUCUGUACUGGCUGAGUCCACUGUGUAUUUUCGAGAACAAUUUGAAGAUGGGGAUGCCUGGAAGAGUCGCUGGGUGGAAUCCAAGCACAAGUCGGACUACGGCAUGUUUGUCCUGACUGCAGGGAAGUUCUAUGGAGAUGCAGAGCAAGACAAAGGUCUGCAGACAAGCCAGGACGCCCGCUUCUACGCCAUGUCAUCCCGUUUUGAUGACUUCAACAACCAGGGCGAGCCUCUAAUCAUCCAGUUCACUGUGAAACACGAGCAGAGCAUUGACUGUGGUGGAGGUUACAUUAAACUGUUCCCCUCCGGCCUCAACCAGGAGGACAUGCAUGGAGACUCCGUCUACAACAUCAUGUUUGGUCCUGAUAUUUGUGGGCCCGGCACAAAGAAGGUUCAUGUCAUCUUCAACUACAAAGGCAAGAACCAUCUGAUUAACAAGGACAUCAGAUGCAAGGAUGAUGAGUACACUCACCUGUACACACUGAUUGUCAACCCUGACAACACUUACGAGGUCAAGAUCGACAAUAAGAAGGUUGAGUCUGGCAGUCUGGAGGAUGACUGGGACUUCCUGCCUCCCAAAAAAAUUAAGGACCCCGAAGCCAAAAAGCCAGAAGACUGGGAUGACAGGGAGAAGAUUCCUGACCCCGACGAUAAGAAACCAGAGGACUGGGACAAGUCCGAGAACAUCCCAGAUCCUGAUGCUAAGAAGCCUGAUGAUUGGGAUGACGAGAUGGACGGAGAGUGGGAGCCGCCUAUGGUCACUAACCCAGAUUACAAGGGUGAGUGGAAGCCCAGAGAGAUCAACAAUCCUGCCUACAAAGGCAAGUGGAUCCACCCUGAGAUUGACAACCCGGAGUACACAGCCGAUUCUGAGAUCUAUAAAUACGACAGCAUUGGUGUGAUUGGACUCGACUUGUGGCAGGUCAAGUCUGGCACUAUCUUCGAUAACUUCCUGAUCACCAAUGACCCAAACCUGGCAGAGGAAGUGGGCAACGACACAUGGGGUAAAACAAAGGAUGCAGAGAAGAAGAUGAAGGAAAGCCAAGAGGAGGAGGAGAGAAAGAAACGCGAGGAGGAGGACAAGCAGAGGAGAGAAGAGGCAAAGGAGGAAGACGAGGAGGAAGAGAAGGAUGAGGAGGAGGAGGAAAACCCGAGGAGGACGCGCACAGCAGAGGAGAGAAGAGGCAGGAGACGACGAGGGGGAAGGGAGUAG